AAAAAAAAAAAAAAAAAUCUUUUUCCUGUCAAGCAGCGGCGGUGUCAAGCAUCGUGGAGGGAUCUGUCACGGGAUCACAGUGAUGUGCAGUCGCCUGUCCCCAUGACCUGAGCUGGACGAAAGCGAAACGACGUCGAGGUAUCACAUUAUCAGCGUCGCGUGUCGAGCCACGCAGACUGAGGUGUUUGCCUUCGCCUUUACAGCCAUGGAGAGAUUAGAGGAUACAUCAGAGCUCCAGUCGCGGCUGUCAUCCCUCUCCUUCUCUUCCUUCCCCGGAGUCACAUCCAAGCAGAGCGACGACAGACCGCUGGACAGGCUCCAGAAUACAGAUCUCUCAACGAGCAUUACCCAACCAACAGACCGGGCGGACAUGGAUGAAAUCAAGGAGGAUUCAGGGCAGCGCUCAGAGGGUAAUGAAGAGGUCCCCGCUGAGCCGGCCCCCGGGGACGGAGGUGAGGAGAACAACAGUGCUGGGAGCUGUCAACUCUCCGCUGAGAUGAAAACCCAGAUGCCGCCCCUGAAUCCGCCGACGACGUGGACAUCUGCCACACUGAAGGAGCUGAAGGCAAAGCUGCGGCUGGAUAAGGACAGCGUGGUGACGGUGUACCGAGGCGACAUCAUGACAGUUCACGUUCCCACUGUCCCCGAGGCCAAAAGAGUGUGCUGGGAGUUCGCUACAGACGGUUAUGACAUUGGCUUUGGCAUCUAUUUUGACUGGACUCCUGUCACGAACCGGUCCAUCACAGUGCACAUCAGUGAGUCAAGUGAUGACGAAGAUGAAGAGGAGGAGAUGGAAGGUCCCGUCAGUAAUGGAGAUGUAGAGAAGGGGUCCAAAACGCAAAGCAACUCAAACUUGGCUGAAAUCCUACCCGUUUACCGUCAGGACAGCCACCUGUCCGUCUACGGUGGGAGCCACGACUUUCCAGGUGAAGGAACUUACCUGCUGAAGUUUGACAACUCCUACUCACUGUGGCGAAACAAAACUCUUUACUACAGGGUGUAUUACAGUGCCUGAUGCGGCAGUCUAUUAAAAGAGAAUGUUACUCUUAUUCAAAAAAAAAUAUUUUUUGAUUCCAAUCUUGGAAGAGAAAUGAAAUUAUAAUAUUUAAAUAUAAGUUAAAUAUAGGCAUAUCUAUUUUUUAUUACUGUCAGCUUGAGUUGCAACAAGUUUAAGUUUUACAUAUACCGUCCAAGAAAUGCAACAUUCGCACCUACUGCUUGCUGAUAGAUAUUUGAAAAAGCCUUGCAUUGGUGCCAUGUUCCCAUGUUUGCACUGUGCUACUUGGUCAAGUGCCCAUCAUAAAAAAAUAUAUUGUCUUUAGCUGUAACAUGUCUGUGGUAGCAGUGAUCAGGGGACAGCUGCAGAGAAUAUAUCUCACUGGGCCACGUUCUCAAUUUUUUCUUUGUGUGUCUGCGUGCAUUUUCUACGAUUUUGAUUGUUCUUUUGCUUUGUUGUUGUGACUUGUAUUUGUCCUUCUGCCUUGUAAGUGUGCAUUUCAUUCAUAUCUGUGUUGAAUCUGAUAAUGCAGAAUGCAACUAUGAAAUACAAAGUGUGCACCGACUGUGUUUUUUUGCCAUGCUGGUGCUGUGUUGGUAAAAAAGAUGAAUGUCCUGAGGCAAGUGGUGACAGUUUUUUCAGAGUUUGCUUUUUACGACACAAAUAAAACCACCCCUUAUCUCAUAAAGCUCUUAUUAUGUAAUAUAGAUUCAAUAUUUACAUUUGCCUCGGCCCCCCCCCCCCCCCCGUUAAAUUUAAUGUUUCGGAGGUAGGGAGCAGUUGUAAUAUUUAAUCUAGUCGUGUUUUUUGUCUACGUAAGUGAAAGUAAGCGUGUUUCUUUUUGAAUAUCCUCAGUGUGUCGGACAUACUCUGGAUCUGAUUGUGUUGAAUAGCUUUGUUUCAUUUUUUCUUUCUUUCUUCCUCAAACCAGUGCUUUAACCAUGCUCACUAAUGCGGAUGUUUCCAAAGAUGCCACAGAUUUGGCCGCUCACGCCACACAAUGUAAAGCAGCAGGUUUAAAGCCUCCCUUGUUUGCUGUACUGUACCUUCACUGUAAGUUAUAAUAUCUGUUCAUGAAAAAUUUAUAUUCCACAAUAAAAAGGAGAUUGUC